AGAUCAUGAUCCGUGCGGGUUGCAUUUGCGUUCGUGUUCGGAAGGCCUGGGAUCGUAGCCUUGUGUUGGUCGGCACUGGAGAGUUAAAUACCACCAUGUAGUCGUUAAUUGUGGAUGCAGCUCUUAUCAAUUGUAUGCAAACGUCAGGUGCAUCAUGGCCAGGACAACAGACUACUCGUCAAUAGCCUGGGGUAACCCAGAGAAGACCGGAGCCGCGUUUGAUUUCAGAAGCGAUGUUGUGACCACACCUUCGCGCGCUACUCUUGCGGCUAUCGCGUGUGCGACUCUCAACGACGAUGUGUAUAACGAGGAUACGACAACCGCAGAAUUCGAGAACGAUAUGGCAGCGCGGUGUGGCCACGAGGCCGCAGCAUUCGUCAUCACAGGGACAAUGGCAAACCAGCUGGCUCUCCGCAGCCUUCUAUAUCAGCCUCCUCACUCAAUCCUCACUGACGCCCAUUCCCAUAUUAUACACUGGGAAGCUGGGGCAGCUUCGUUCUUGUCAGGGGCCGCUAUUCAGGCCGUCCGCCCUGUGAACGGCCGUCACCUCACGCUCGAUGAUAUUCGGAAGCAUGCGAUUUGGACUGAUGACGUUCACAAGUGUCCGACACGUGUCAUCAGUCUGGAGAACACAACCUCAGGCAACAUCAUACCGCUAUCUGAUAUGAGGAUGAUCAAGGCAUGGGCGGAUGACCGUGGAAUUCUUGUGCACCUGGACGGAGCCCGUCUGUGGGAAGCUGUCGGCACGGGCGCAGGAACGUUGAGAGACUUCGCUCAAUGUGCACACCUGACAACCCUAGACUUCAGCAAGAAUCUAGCAGCACCAAUGGGUGCCAUGGUGGUCGGUUCUCGUCGUGCAAUCACGGCCCUGAAAAGAAUCCGGAAAGGCCUUGGCGGCGGCAUGCGUCAGGCAGGCAUCUUGGCCGCAGCUGCGAGACAGUCCGUUUUCGAGCACUUCGGUGGGGGCAUAGUGUGUACCCAGCCUCAUUUGAUCAAAAGCCAUCUCAUGGCUCAACGAGUUGCACAAGCCUGGACCAAUCGCGGAGGUCGCCUGCUCCGUGAUGCCGAAACCAACAUGGUAUGGCUCGAUCUCAACGCGUCUGCAGUCGAUAUCAAUUCAUGGAACUCAAUAGGCAAGAAGCAUGGUAUUAUGCUUAACGGGAAAAGGGUUGUCACUCACCAUCAGUUGUGUGAAGCAGCAUUCUCUUUACUCGAUGUUGUCAUGGAUGAAGCCCUAGAUCUCGUCCGGUACGGGUCCAAUGAGGAACGGGUGCGAAAGACAAAAUUAUAAUGCCAAAGCAUUAAUGCCCAUAUAGGCCAUGGCCUGGAAGCAUGGUCUUGCUGCCGUUGGAUCUGGUCACAGUGCUCAUCCACUCAACCAGAUGCCAAGUAGUCCCAAUGCAGGUCCCGCUAACAGCCGUAUACAAGCGUGCUGACAUGAAUCGUAGACAGGCAAG